GGCUUACAACUAAUUCAUAUAUGAAUAAAUGUCUCAACUGCUCAUUUAUCAUUAAAAUGGUUAAUAGGGUGAAUUUCUAAAGUUAAACUGAACAUGUUCCUCAAGAUACAAGCAAUUUUAGAUGAUUUCAUCUAUGCAUAAAUUAACGCAUGCUAUUGUUCUAUCACACGAUAAAAGCUUGCAAUCCUUCUGAGCGGAAUCAGAUGAUUAAAAUGACCAUAAUGCUAUACACCUAGAAACAAAUCAAAAUGACGAUCAUGCUAUAUCCCCAAACUCGUAACACCACAAAUAUAGCCUCUAUUUUAAGUAUUUUAUGGAGUAACGUUAAACAUAUUGAAAAUAUGAUUCUUUUAUUUGGCAUAAUUACGAGAUAGAUAAUUGCUUUAUUUUUAAAUUCAAAAGGCAUUAUGAUAAGAAAACUGUGAUUACUCACUUUCAUCUAAAAAAAAUUCAAGUAAAUACACAACUCAAACAAUGAUUUUGUAAUUACGUAAUCUAGUUGGUUAUCACGAUGAGAUUGUCUCCAAAUAUUACAUAGCCUAUAUUUUCUUGAUCAUUUAGUUACUAUCACUGUCAAUAUAUGUAAACUCAUACAAACCAAUUUGAUCAAUCCGAUAUCAAUUAAUCGAGAUCAAUUAAUUACGUAGUCAUUUACCGUUCUCAUAAAAAAAUAAGAAACCAUCACACUAAAUUUAUGAUUAGAAAACCUUCAUCAAAUAAACUUUGAAGUUUAAUUACCCCGAUAGAAGAGAUUGUUUUUUUUUGGGACAUUUGCAUUUGCCAUCUAUGUAGCCGCAAUUAUAAAAGGCAUAAAUUUUUUUUAUGGUUUACUGAAACACAGAACAGGAUGUGAUUUAUCACCAAAUAAUAAUUCCCAAAAGCUAAUAAUUCCAGCAUCACAUUACGAGAUUGGCUUAGAGCUUACAAAUUGCAGCAAGGUAAAGUGAUUUAGACUGUGCCAGCCAUCAAUGAACAUCCUAAAUGCAAAAGCUCAUCUGAUUAACUUGACAAUUUGACAGUGCCACCGUUUCCUGAUUGAUGCAUAAUCCCCACAUUCUUCCCCCAAUCACACAGCACAUUUGCUACCAUUCUAAGCAAAAACUCUGGAAUGGAUUACCCACAAUGCAUCCAAUCCAUCAUCCUUUCCCUCCUCCAUUGAUGCCCUCCAUCCACCCUUCUGCAACCAACCCACAUAAAACAUCACACCAGACCUGGCCGAGAACUAGACAUCCAUGGCUCCAUCUUCAUCCUCACCCUCCGCGCCGCUAUAUAAACCUCUUUCCCUCUCCCACUCCCUGCCCAUCAAACCAUCAACCACAUACAACCAUUCCCCAAUUCUCAUCUCUCAGAAGCAUUUCAUCAAACACCUCAUCUGCAUAACUAACACUCACACAAAACAAUGGCGCAGCAAUCACAAGCCCUCUCCACACUACUCCUCUUCUCCACCCUCCUCUUCCUCCCCCUCCACAGCUCCACAUUCACAUCAGCCCAGUCCUCCUCCACCUCUGCCUCGCCCCCUGCUCUUUCCCCUGCCAAAUCGCCUCCAAAGCCCAUAUCUCCCCCAACUCCAAAGCCCACCGCGCCGCCGCCGGCCCAAGGCCCAGCCGCCAUGGUCCCGGUCCAAACCUCCAAGGGCCCGCUCAACGUCCUCAAGGUGCUCCAAAAGGCCGGCCACUUCUCCAAUUUCAUCCGCCUCAUCAAAACCACACAGGAAGACAUCCAAUUCGCAUCCCAGCUCAACGCCUCUGACGACGGAAUCACGGUCUUCGCCCCGACCGACGGCGCGUUCUCCGCCAUCAUCAAGGCAGGGGUUCUCAAUUCACUCUCCGACCAGGAAAAGAUCCAGCUGGUUCAGUUCCACGUCAUCCCCAGGCAAAUCUCGACCCCCCAGUUUCAGACCGUCAGCAACCCGUUGAAGACUCUGGCCGGGUCGGGCAAGCGGUUCCAGCUCAACGUCACGACCAGCGAUAGCAUGGUGAACGUGACGAGCGGGCUGACGAAUGCGACGGUGUCGGGGAUUGUUUAUGCGGAUGAUAAGGUGGCGAUUUAUCAGGUGGAUAAGGUUCUGCUUCCCAUGGAGAUUUUUGCGCCCAAGGCUCUGGCUCCGGCGCCUGCUCCGCCGAAGAGCUUGAAGGGCGAGGGAGCGGAUGGGCCGGCGGUGCCGAAGGAUGCUUCCGGUGCGGAGUUGGGCUGUGUUGUUGGGUGGAAGAAUGUGGUGAUGGUCGGAGCUGCGACGGUGGCCGCCGUGGCUUUGGCGUUCUUGUGACGGGUGUAGAUCGGGCGGUGGCAUCGAUUUUUUAUGGAGGAUUGAUGAAAUUGAAUCGUGUGAUCGGAUAGAGUGAGUGAUUUUUCAAUAAGUUUGGAGGUUGUGGGGAUCAUGAAUAGAUCCAUUUCUCAUGUAUUAUUUCAAUUUGGGGUUUCCCCUUUUGAAAUUCGGUUUUCUUCCCGCCAUAUAUUUAUCCCUUGAUUUUCCGUUUUCUGUUUUUUUUUUUUUUCACACUUGUAUUUUGUAUGUGAAUUGUGAACUUUGUAACAAGAAUGGAAGACACUGAAUGAUAAAUUUUCGUGCAUCCCUGUAAACAAUUUUUUUUGGGUAGAAAGACAUGUUUUAGUUCGUAUUAGAAAUAUCGUGAUUCAUGAUAAUGCCAUAAUAUCAUAUAUAGUCACUGGUUUAAGUUCGGGUCGCACACGUUGAAUGAAUGUGUGUCAAAAGUAAACUAAAUUAUUUACCAUCUUGUGGCCGACUACAUUAUUAUUGGUACAAACAUGAAUCGAUUAUCGAUACAGUUCUAUUGUAAGACUCAUAUAAAAUUUGUUAAUUGCAUGGUCCAUGAAACCGUACCGAAAAAGUCAAUGGUAUGGUAUUUUAUGGCAAAAUCGUGGUUUAACUGUAGUUCAACCGUUAAAUACCACCUACCGAUUUAGCCUCUGAUACUGGUAUUUUGUGGUUGAAUCAGAAUACGAUACAGUUUCAUGGACUAUGGUUAAUUGUAAUAGUUAUUUUUCCUGGAUUUCAAAUAAUUUGGUAUUUGGCAUCUAUGAAUAAAAAUGCAUACGAAGCUACGAUUAUCCCGUGACACACAAGUACAACAGUAUUCUAAUAAGACUCCAACUACUAUUCAUAUAUCCUAACGAUACUGUUCGGCCCAAAAACAGAAACCUUUGCUUUUGUUCAGCCAUAAUGAACACUGUCACGACUAUUUUCUGCGGAUCGGUAAAUAUGAGAAUUCGACAAUGCAAGAAACGAAAGCACGCACACACAUGAUAUAUGAUUUACGUGAUUCACUAACAAAAUGUGUGUUAGUUAUAGUUCACGGGCAGGAGAGAGCCAAUUUCACUAUAUUUCGAGGAGAUACAAAUUAUAGAGAAAUAUGAGAAGUAUUUAUAGUACUUCUCCUAAGUCUAAUCCUAAUCCAAUAUGGUAAAGGAAAAGCUGUUACAACCAUCCCAGAACACGAACCCAAAUAAUAUUGAAACCAUACACCGCUGGCUCCCGUGACUUACAGUCGUAGUGGCUGAUAGUCCAAUUCAAUUCAUGAUAAGUUGAUAAUUAAUUAGCCACUCAUCUUAACCCUCAAACAAAAAAGACCUAAUUAAGUGUCCAUAGUGAACACGGUAAUGGUUAAUCACUCGUCCUAACUAACGAACACAAAAAAACUUCUGCAUUAUCAUCUAUUGUAAAUCCAACAAAAAUUAUCAGCGACUCAUCUUGACUCGUAAACAAAUGAAAUCUGAGCCGUCAC